GUAGGGAACACUGACAUAUGCACGACUGCUUAGGACUUACAGUGGAAUUAUCCUGGCUUUGCUUGAAAGAGGAAAUCUGCAGUUCGAAAACCAUGAGCAGCGGUGUGAACAUCAAGACCAUAUCCCAGGCCCAACCAAGCUCAGGUCUGGUCUCUGGUAUCCCCCUUCCCCAGAGGAUAACCCCCCUCUCCAAACUGGACCCCAAACAUCAGGGGGGCAGCGCCCUAUCUAACCCCACAGCACAGUUUCAAAUCAGCACCAAAAUGCAUCCCUCCUACUCUUCAUCAUCUUCAUCCUUUUCAAACGAACUGCUGAGUAGUGCAGCUUUGAGGGGUGGUAUCUGUCCCACUGGCUCCUCCUCCAGAGUCUCCUAUGCCCCAGAGAGAGGCACCAUCAGCCGGUCAGCCUACAGCAGCCCCCAGGUCCCCAAGAGACAGACACCACCACCACGCUCCAAGGACACCCUGGACCUCCGCAGCAGCAAUGCUCUAUCCCAGAAGGCUUUUCGAGAACUUCACACCAGGAGAAAUGCCAAUGGGAACUGGGCCUCAGGCGGGGUUCGCCACAGCCGUCUGGACGACAAUGGAGAUGCGCAGGAUGCCCUGUCGAAGCUCUCUGGUGGUGAUCUCCACUCAGGCCAAAGCAGGCUCUCCAACACUAAAGCAGGGAACGGGAAUUUGAUCAGCGCUGUGUUGAGGACCACCCGUCAGGAGAAGAGGGAGCCGAGGAACCUCUCCUGCCAUGGCAUGAUCGCUCCUAAAAAAGACAUGUCCACCAACAAACAUAGAGCGUCCCAUCUGAGCCAGAGUGGUGGUGGUGGUACCAGGCAGACAGUCAGUGUGCCACGCAGAGGGAGUGAGCCAGCCCGUAGUAACAUGGCCACUGUGGCACCUUUCAGGUUCAGGUUGAAUGUCCAGGAUGAUGAUGCCUCUUCUCUGGAGGACCUGAGUGACUGCUCCUCUGACUCCAUGGAGGUGUGCUGUGAUGACCUGGGUGAGUCACAUUCACUCGUUCUCUCACCACGUUCACUGUACAGUACUAGUAUUAGGGUUGGCCUAUUUAACUCAACGACAAAGUAUACUACUGCUUGAGGAUUGAAGAACAAACUGGUUUUGGAUAUCGA